AACGGCUCCAGAUUUAGUACAGUAAAUGUUUAACUUGAUGCUGGUUUACAUAGUAUAUUCAUUAGCUCUUCUGAUUAAACAUCUGUCUGGCUUCAGACAGCUGAUGUUUAUUCUGAGGAGUGAAGUGGAAAAGAGGAAGAAAGGAGUUAGACAACACAGAACACAGAUUUAUUUAAAAAAAAAAAAAAAAUCCCCGCCCUUAGAGAAGGUGGAGUUUGGACUUGACAGUUUACUUCAGUGUUUGAAGUUCAAUGCACCCAGAAACCUGCCCGCUGCCCAGCUCUGCUGAACUUCAAUCCCCAGAGAGAGAUAUCAGCUCGGUCUACCUUAUCAACAGAUUAGCCUGAGAAGAAAAACAACGUUCAUCCUCAACAGUUAGUGAGAGGAGUGGGUCUGAUAAGGACGGUCAGCUCUUAGGUAGAUCCACUUUGGAGCAGAGCAGUCCCGGACAGUGCUUCGGACCUCUAAUCCAGAAACUAACGAGAAUCUCCAGAAGAUCUUCAGAAAGCUUUUAUUCCAGAAGCAUCAUGUUAAGUAAAGAUCUUCCAGAUAUUGAGAGCAUCCUGACUCUGAACCCCAGGGUGAAGACUCAUGCUCAGAUCAUGUCCACGGCAAACAAGAAGAAAGAAAAGAAACACUGGAAGAGAAACCCUGACAGGAGCUGCGAUUCUUGUGUCAAGUUAGAGAACAACUUUGACGAUAUCAAACACACAACGCUGAGCGAGCGUGGAGCUCUACGAGAAGCACUGAGGUGUCUAAAAUGUGCAGAUGCUCCCUGUCAGAAGAGUUGCCCCACUAACCUGGACAUAAAGUCAUUUAUUACAAGCAUCUCUAAUAAGAACUACUAUGGGGCAGCGCGGUCCAUACUUUCUGACAACCCCCUGGGUUUGACCUGUGGGAUGGUUUGUCCCACAUCAGAGCUGUGUGUUGGGGGCUGUAACUUGUAUGCUUCCGAGGAAGGACCCAUUAAUAUCGGCGGGUUACAGCAGUUUGCUACAGAGGUGUUUAGUAAGAUGGGCAUUCCUCAGAUCAGGAAUCCUGAUCUCCCACCAGCCAAUGAGAUGCCAGCGUCCUACCACACCCCUAUAGCCCUGAUUGGCUGUGGCCCAGCAUCAAUCAGCUGUGCUUCCUUCCUGGGCCGUCUUGGAUAUGAUAAUAUCACCAUAUUUGAAAAACAGAAGUACACUGGAGGGCUGAGCACAUCAGAAAUCCCUCAGUUCCGCCUUCCCUAUGAGGUUGUCCAGUUUGAAAUAGACCUGAUGAAGGACUUGGGAGUCAAGGUGGUGUGUGAGAAGGGUCUUGGUGUUAACGGAAUGACUCUGACGUCCCUGAAAGAGGAAGGAUUUAAAGCUGUCUUCAUUGGGAUUGGUCUCCCUCAGGCCAACAGAGCUAAAAUCUUCCAGGGUUUGACGAUGGAUCAAGGCUUCUUCACUUCCAAAGACUUUCUGCCCAUGGUGGCCUCAGCCAGCAAGAAAGGUAUGUGCCAGUGUCGCGCUUCUCUGCCAGAGUUAAGAGGUGUAGUGAUUGUUUUGGGGGCCGGUGACACUGCAUUUGACUGUGCCACCUCGGCUCUGCGCUGUGGAGCCAGAAGAGUCUACGUCUGCUUCAGGAAGGGCUUCACCAACAUCAGGGCUGUUCCUGAGGAGAUGGAGUUGGCUAAGGAGGAGCAGUGUGAGUUUCUCCCCUUCCUGUCUCCUCGUGAGGUCAUCAUGAAGAACGGUCGUGUUGCCGGACUACAGUUCUGUCGCACCGAGCAGACUGAGGAAGGUGAAUGGCUUGAAGAUGAGGACCAGGUUGUCAGGCUGAAGGCAGAUUACAUCAUCAGUGCUUUUGGUUCCAUGAUCAACGAGCCACAAGUAACUGAGGCCAUGAGUCCUCUGAAGCUGACCCGCUGGGGUACUCCAGAGGUGAACACAGACACCAUGCAGACCAGUGAGCCCUGGGUGUUUGUAGGAGGAGACAUCGCUGGUUUGGCAAACACCUCGGUGGAAUCAGUGAACGAUGGCAAACAGGCCUCAUGGCAUAUUCACAGAUACAUCCAGUCCCUGCAUGGACAGACGGUGGACUCGGUUCCCAAGCUGCCCUUGUUCUACAGCGCUAUAGAUCAGGUGGACAUCAGCGUUGACGUUUGCGGAAUAAAGUUUCCCAACCCGUUUGGCCUGGCGUCUGCACCUCCCACCACCAGCACAGCUAUGAUCAGGAGAGCUUUUGAACAAGGAUGGGGCUUCGCUCUGACCAAGACAUUUGGACUGGAUAAGGACCUGGUGACAAAUGUGUCUCCUCGCAUUGUGCGUGGCACCACCUCAGGUAAUGUGUACGGACCAGGUCAAGGCUCCUUCCUCAACAUUGAGCUCAUCAGUGAGAAGACAGCAGCCUACUGGUGUCAGUCAGUGGCCGAGCUAAAGAAAGACUUCCCUAAAAAUGUGGUGAUCUCCAGUAUCAUGUGUAGUUACAACAAGGAGGACUGGACAGAACUUGCCAAGAUGGCAGAGAAAUCAGGAGCAGAUGCACUGGAGCUGAACCUGUCUUGUCCUCAUGGGAUGGGAGAGAGAGGCAUGGGACUGGCCUGUGGACAGGACCCAGUGUUGGUGCGUAACAUCUGUCGCUGGGUGCGUGCAGCCAUUUCUAUUCCAUUCUUUGCCAAGCUGACUCCAAAUGUCACCAAUAUUGUCGACAUCGCCAAAGCUGCUCAUGAAGGUGAAGCGGAUGGAGUAACAGCUACCAACACAGUCUCAGGCAUGAUGGGACUGAAGGCUGACGGCGCCCCCUGGCCGAGUGUUGGAAAGGGCAAACGGACCACGUAUGGAGGGGUGUCUGGUAAUGCCAUCAGACCCAUCGCUCUCAGAGCUGUGUCGGCCAUCGCCAGAGCCAUUCCUGGUUUCCCAGUUCUGGCCACUGGAGGUAUCGACUCAGCAGAGACUGGACUACAGUUUCUUCAUGCCGGGGCCUCAGUGUUACAGGUGUGCAGUGCAGUACAGAACCAGGACUUCACGGUGAUCGAGGAUUACUGUGUGGGUCUGAAGGCCUUGUUGUACCUGAAGAGUCUGGAGCUGAAGGACUGGGAUGGACAAUCUCCUCCAACAGAGAGACAUCAGAAAGGAAAACCAGUUCCCAGACUGGAAGACCUGGUUGGAAAGAGCCUCCCCAGUUUUGGUCCGUACCUCCAGCAAAAGACAGAAGCCGUCGCAAAGUACAAGAAACAACUCAGAGACGCUGGUCAGAGUGAUGUGACACAAACCGACAUCAGCCGGGUCAGCACCCCCAGAAAACCUGUUCCUGCUGUCAAGGAUGUGAUAGCCAGAGCGCUGCACUACAUCGGAGCAUACCAGGAACUUGACAACAUGGAGCAGGUCCAGGCUCUGAUAGAUGAAGAGAUGUGCAUCAACUGUGGUAAAUGUUACAUGACCUGCAAUGACUCUGGAUACCAGGCUAUAGAGUUCGACCCAGAGACCCACCUUCCUGCUGUGACUGACAGCUGUACGGGCUGCACUCUGUGUCUCAGUGUCUGUCCAAUCAUAGACUGCAUCAAGAUGGUUACCAGGAAAACACCCUACGAACCCAAGAGAGGCAUACCCAUCAGUCCUGUCUGCUAAAGGGAAAGACAAGCCAAAACGUUCCACCUUAUUUAAUAAAAAUGGAGAUCAGAUAUGAGUUAUAUAAGUUCUUGUUUACGACUGAUCUAUCAGCAACAAUACUAUCAACAUAAAUGUGUCAUGAUUUAACUAUAAUUCAGAUUUAAAUUAUGUUAGCAAUUGUAGAUUCUGCUUUGUUAUUCCACCUCAUGUUUCAUGUGGUUAUAGACCAUGUCAAAUAAAUGUGCCUUUACUGCAUGUUAAAGGCAUUAAUGUGAAAGGAAAUUCAUCUUUAAUAUUGUCAGUGAUUUAAAUAAAGGUUCUCCGAUGCA